CAUUAGCGACGUUCGUGCAGUAGAUCCCAGAAAUGCGGAGUUGAUGGUUGUGACAGAGGUCAUCAUUACCUUUUGCAUUCCUUUGCUCCCAAACAACCACCUAGAGAGCCCUUAACUGUCGAACUUCCUCCAGGGGAUAAAGGGGUUCAUUGCGGGAAAGCGCAAGCCAGCACGCCAAGUGUCAGUAAAGUCGCGCUCAAAACUGUUGCAGUACCAUUUACCAGUGACUCUGGCCAAGUAGUUAUGGGAUUAGUACUUUUGGAUUCAGGCAGCGAAACUACCCUUGUAAGAACUGGGUUUGCAAAGCAACUGGGGAUAUCAGGUCCUAGGCAAAACCUAACCGUUGACACAGUAAGGGGGGUUAGUACCACGGUCAAGUCAGAGCGCGUGCAUCUACCAUUUGCAUCAUCUGCGGUUAAAGGAACUGUGAGCGCGUGGACAAUAAAAAGCAUCUGUGCUCCUGUCAGUGCUAUUGAUUGGUCAGAGGUCAAGCGACGCUAUGCGCAUUUGUGUGAUGUCCCAGUAGAGAACACGGGCAACGGGACGAUUGAUGUUUUGUUAGGCCUCGACACAGCAGCCUUAAUGGCCCCAUUUGAAGUCAGGAGGGGUGGGGUCACAGAACCGUAUGCUGAGAAGACACCGCUGGGGUGGGUUAUCGCGGACCCAGUCUCAGACUCCGAAGGUGGGGGAAAGCGCAUACUCCGCGCACACGUGUCAGACGCCGAAGACGACACAAAUCACAACCUGCGCAUGUUCUGGGAAGUAGACACGUUUGGCGUCCGCGUCGAGGAAUCACCACCAUACAGCCGCAGCGAACAGAGAGCCUUGGAUGCCUUGGAUAAGUCAUGCCGACUAGUGGAUUCAGGUUACGAGUUAGCGCUCUUGUGGAAACCUGACCGACCUCCAUUACCUAACAACUACGCCACAGCCUUGAGUCGCCUAGAGUCAGUGGAGCGUCGCCUGCAGGAAGACCCGGAGCUGGCGCAAGGGUAUAAGAAAGCGAUCAGCGCGUACGUCGAGAAGGGGUUUGCCCGCAAGCUCUCAGAUGAGGAACGGGUGGAGGAUACAGAGCAAUGGCUGCUACCCCAUCACCCGGUGUUGUCGCCACACAAGCCUCUUCCAAGAGUCGUGUUUGAUUCAGCCGCAGUGCACGAUGGGAUCUGUCUCAACGACUGUCUAGAAGCAGGGCCUAGUCUACAUAACGAUCUACCAGGCGUUUUGAUGCGUUUCCGUGAGCGACCUGUAGCGCUCGCGGGUGAUGUGUCAGACAUGUUUUGUCAUGUGCGCUUGCGUACAGAGGACCGCAAGUACCACCGCUAUCUUUGGCGAGAUCUAGAGACGGACAAGCCGCCUGAUGUUUAUGAGAUGAACUGCCUCGUGUUCGGAGAUGAGUCGUCGCCAUGUGAAGCGAACUUUGCCGUCCAGCGUACAGCUGAAGACAACAAGGAGCAAUGGCCAGACGCCGCCGCCGUAGUCAAGCGCGACAUAUUCGUUGAUGACUUAUACACGUCCUGUGAGGAUGUCGGAGAAGCUGUAAAGCUGCGCGAGGAUGUUACCGCACUUAUGGCUGAAGGGGGAUUUCCCAUGCGUAAGUGGAUGUUGUCGUCUGCCGAGGUGUUAGCUACCGUACCGGAGACAGAGCGAGCCGUCCGUAACGAGGCCCUAGAGAUGGGAGAGCUGCCGCAAGGUCGAGCGCUUGGGGUGCGAUGGGAUCCUCAGUCAGACACCCUCGGCUUUGCAUUUGCACACGUCGAAAGACCCCCCGCAGAAGAAAGAAAACGGGGUGUCCUCAAGAAACUAGCGGGAUUGUAUGACCCGUUAGGAUGGGCAAGUCCAUACGUGGUUCGCGCCGAAGUCAUGUUGCAGCGUACAUGGUCACGUGGCAUAGACUGGGAUGAGUUACUAUCGUCAGAUCUGCGCUUAGAGUGGAGCAAGUGGGAGGCGGAGAUGGUUGCCCUAAAGUCCUUUGUUGUCCCACGCUACAUUUACCGUCAGCCCGCAGUCGCCUACGUGCGCGCAACGUCGACAGUCGGGGAAGUCACGUGUCAUCUAGUCAUGGCAAAAGCGCGCCUCAUGCCGUUGAAGCCGAUCUCAAUCCCGAGAGGGGAGCUAAUGGCGUGUCAGCUAGCCGUACGACUCGCCAAGGCCGCUUGUGUACAGCUCAGUUUGAGUAUGCGAGAGGUGAUCUACCUUUCGGACUCCACUACCGCACUGUGGUGGAUUCGUGGCGAGCCGAGGAAUUUUAAGCCGUUUGUUGCCAACCGUGUAGCUGAGAUCUUGACAGAGAGUGACCCCAUCCAGUGGCACCACGUACGAACGGAGAUGAACAUCGCCGAUGUGGCAACUAGAGGAGCCUCCGCAGGCGACAUACAAGCCCACACAACUUGGAUUGAAGGACCGGAGUUCCUGAGGUUACCAGUGCACGCUUGGCCGAUAGAUGACGUUCAAACCACUGCACCGCCGUCGGAAAAGUCUGAGAUGCGAAAGAAGGUCCUGAGAGUGCAGCAAGAAGCAGACGCCACUUUGAUCGACCCUGCUGCGUUUUCCAGUUGGUUAAAGCUGCGCCGAGUUACGGCCUGGAUCCUGCGUUUCCUGUAUAACCUGCGCAACCGAGAUAAGCCCAAGUCGGGAGUACUAAGCAUUGAAGAGUUGAAGACAGAGGAGCUGUACUGGAUCAAGUGGACACAGAGAGACAGGUUCGCCAGAGAAAUUGAGUCGUUGGAGAAGGGACAGCCAGUUCCUCGAGCAAGUCGCAUUGCAAACCUCGACCCACAGCUUGUAGAUGGAGUUCUCCGCGUCGGAGGGAGGAUAGACCGGGCCGACAUACCAUGGGAAACGAAGCACCCGAUAAUCCUCGACCACGGACAGGACGUCACACGCCUGAUAGUCACCGAGUACCAUCAGAAGCUCCGCCAUGUUGGAGUGGAGCAUGUCUUCAACCACCUACGCGAGAGAUUCUGGAUACUGCGUGGGCGGGCAGAAGUGAAGGGGUGCACCAUUAAGUGCCCACUGUGCCAUCGCCGUAGCGUCCAGCCGAUGACCCAGAAGAUGAGUGACCUUCCAGCCGUUCGUCUUGCUGGUGUCAGCACGCCGUUCAAGCAUGUAGGCUUAGACUACGCGGGGCCGUUUCAAGUUCGUGUUGGUCGAAAUCGCGUGGAGAAGCGUUACGUGUGCCUAUUUACGUGCCUGCACAUGCGCGCCGUGCAUCUAGAGACCGCGCAUAGCCUCGAUACAGAUUCCAUUAUUAUGGCUUUGCGUCGCUUUCGCGCCCGCUGAGGUAAUCCUGUCAGGAUUAUGAGUGACAAUGGUUCGAACUUUGUAGGAGCUGAGCGAGAGUUGAGGGAUGCACUCCAGGAGUUGAGUCAAGAACGAAUCGCAGAUGAGCUCAGUGUGCACGGUGUCAAGUGGGACUUCAAUCCGCCUGAUGGGCCUUGGUUCGGUGGAGCCUGGGAAGCGUUGGUGAAGUCUACCAAGCGCACGAUGAGAGUGAUGUUAUGAAACGUUCUUACAGUAGAUGAAGUCUUCCGCACUGUUCUCGCCGAGGCAGAGUCUAUACUGAACUCGCGUCCACUGGUGUACGGGGGAAGUGUGUCAUCUCCUACUGAUGUGAGUGUGCUAACGCCAAACCACUUCCUUCAUGGAUGUGCGAGUACAAAUUCCGCUACCGGUGAAUUCAGCGAGAGAGAUAUGUCACUUCGUCGUCAAUGGCGCCACAGUCAGUACUUGGCCGAUCAGUUUUGGCGCCGGUGGAGAAGAGAGUACGUGCCACACCUGGUCCAGCGCAGCAAGUGGCGUGCGAUACAGCGCAAUCUUCGCCGCGGCGACCUUGUGUUGAUCGUGGAGAGAGAUGUACCCAGAGGCAAGUGGCGCUUGGGACGAGUUCUGACACCGAUUGCUAGUCCUGAUGGUCUUGUGCGAUCUGCGGAAGUCGCAACUACGAAAGGAACAUUGAUCCGACCUGUUGGGAAGCUAGCGCUCCUGGAAGCAAGUCAGGAACAGUGACACUGUUAUGACCGAACAGCUAAGACGAUAGUUACGUUAUUGUUAUUGAUAUUGAACUGUGUUUAGAUAGUGACGUUUCACCCCGGAUCACGUCACGGGUGGGGGUGUUUUGAACGAUUUACAUAUGUUGAUUUUGCAUUUUUUCCUUAUGUAAGCGCGGGAGCCCUGUGUCCGAACCGCGCGGGACUAGGGAGAGGGGUUGCUUUGUAAUUUGUACAGUUCGGGUUUGUCCGCCACGAACUGCAACGAGUUUGCCGUUUUUUCUUCGUUUAGCAUUAAAAAUACAGUCCCUUA